GAUUUGAUUACGGAAGCAAAACGACUCGGACUCAAAGGAUAUUCAAGACUGAGAAAGUUGGAUCUUCUUGAGCUGAUAAAAGGAUCUUCGAACAAAGUCAGGAGCAUUCUCAAUCAAACAUUUCCUGACAUUGAUGCUCCCGUCAACUCAUGCCAACAAGAUAUGUCAAACCGUAGAGUGAAAGAAAUGAGGAGGUGAAAAACAGAGAAGAGAAAUCGAGGAGAUGCUUGGGUUGAGAAGGCCAGGUCUGACAGAGACGGAAAUGGGAGACAAGCGGAAAGAUUUUGUCAAGGGAUACACACCUUCAACUCUUCCCCACCGAUUUGUCGCAAUUGAAUCUGCAAUCAUAUUGACAGGUUUCUUAAGGCAAUUCCAGAUCAAAGGUGUCGGAGCUUACAAUCAUGAAAGGUGCAUGGAGAAGGCAAAACCUGAAUUCUUGAGGUUGAUGGGAAAAAAUCGUGAGAAGAAGGUCAAACAGAUCGAUCCAGAUUAA